AUGCCGUCUGCGCAUUCGUGCGGGAGCAGGGGAGGAGAGGGAUCACGCAUAAUCUUCCUCGACUGUGAUGGCGUGUUGUGCUGCAACAGAACAGCUUUGAUUGAGUUGGACAAGCUGCAGCGCCUCACCUCCGUCGUGAAGCGCACCGGCGCAUGCAUCGUUUUGAGCACAGACUGGCGGAGGUUCCCAGCCUUCAAGUCGACUCUGGUCGAGGCACUGUCACGGAUGGGCCUCAAGGUGGUGGGUUCGACACCGCUGAUGGCUUCGCAGCGAGCGGCCGCCGGCCGAGCCACACCGGUGGUGUCGUGGGCAGCAAUCGAUGACCGGCCGCUGCUCGCCGAGAAGGGUGGGAUGGACCUUCUGGGCCAUUUCGUGCAGACGCGGUGGGCGACGGGGCUCAACCAGGCGGCAGAAGAGGCGCUCCUCGAGGUGCUGCUGGGGCCUCAGCCAAGGUCGAUCCCAAAGACGCCCGUGCCUGUUCCGCUGCCCACCACAUCCAAGCAGCGGGAGGAGUCGCGGGCGAUGUCGACGCCGUGGACGUGGGAGACGGUCCUCAAGGCUUGCAUCUCUCGUUCCAUGAACACCAUGUCCACGGUCAUGUGA